GGUGUCGAUUACAAAAAUUCCACCUCAAUACGUGUAGCUGUUUUACAAUUGUUUUGAAUUUUUAUUUGAAUUGCGUUUUUCCCUUCAAUCAAUUGGAACGUACAGCAAACGAAGUUAGCAAAAUGUUGAUUUUAAAAUAUAAUUCAACAAUUUACAAAGAAUUAUUGAGAGUAAAUGCCGUGGUCGGCACUGCGAAGAGAACUUUAAUUUCCGAACAAAAAUUGGGAAUAACAGCCUAUGAGAAUAAUCGAUUUAGGACACAGCAAAUCAUUCGCAAAGUUGAUCUAAAGACUUUGGAAUCGGCAAUACGCUUCAAUAAUAUGACAAUCGUGAGUGAUAUAACAAAACGAUGGUGUCACAUCAUGGACAGGGCCGAAUGCGAAGCAAAUUUUGAAUUAUUACGUAAAAGUUUAAGUUUCAUUUAUUCAAGUUCAGCACUAUCUUCGUCGUCGUUUGAUUUUGGUUCUUUGACUAUGCGGAUGUUAUAUCAUUUGGAUUUGCCAGAAAAAGCACUCGAGUUAAACGAUGAUUUGCAUAUCGGAGGAAUGUUUCAAAGAUUAACCUGCUCGUUGGUGCUGGGAGAUUUACUGUUUAAAAGGGGCAUGUAUGAAAAACUACUUGAAGAUAUUCGGGAAAGACGCGAUUUACAAUCGAAACAAGAAAAGGGGACAUCAAGAUUGAUGAACUAUCUCGCGAUGGCCGCUUACUAUAAAUUGAACACACCAAAACAUCUGGACUAUGCACUGAAUGUGUGGGCGGAUUCAGUGAAGGAACAUCAAAUGGAUCAAAGUGCCAGCUUUCUUGCCAUGUUAGCUAUAAAUCAAAGUAAACCGGAAAUCGCCCUGGAAGUAUUACCUCCAGAUAAUAAACGAUUUUCAACGGCGAAUGUACGGCUCAUAGCACUCAGCGAGUGCGGUCGAUUCAAUGAAGCAGGAAAUACAAUGAAAGAUAUUUUAUCCACAUAUGAGCGUGGAUUUAAAAUUAGUGCAGAAACUAUAAUAGGAGUACAAAAGACUCUUCAAGACAAUUUACUAAAUAAAGAUGCAGUCUUGUGUAUGGAUCUUCUAAAUGAAAUUGUUCAAAAAAGAAACAUUUCGAACAUGACGAUAGACGAAAUACUAUGUUGGCCAGUGAGUGAAAACGUUGAUCGUAAUGACGGUGAAUUAAAGAAGUUAAAAAAACAAUGAAAAAAGAUUUAGAGUGACCUCGAGUAGUUGAAUUAAAACUCAGUAAUUAAAGAAUAUUGGCUGAGUUUAAAAAAAAAUGCAAAAAACAGCAAAUAAAAUUAAUGACCAAAAUCAAA